ACGGGACCGGAGGGAGAGGAGUGGCCGAGACGUGGAUCUGUCGCCUAGCCGGCGUGAGGAGUAGCUGGUUAGCUAACUAGCUAGAUGGUGCUUCGCUUUUGCGGUACGCGGAACAGAGAUCGGAGAAGCCAAUAGCUAACGUUCAGAUAGUUAGUUAGUUAGAGUAGAUCCUGUGAGUUGCCAACAUGGCGCUGUACGAAUAUGUCACUCGGGACCAACUGUCGGGCUUCGACAAGUACAAGUACAGUGCGGUGGAUUCCAACCCCCUGUCAGUCUAUGUCAUGCACCCCUUCUGGAACUCUGUAGUCAAGGUGAUGCCCAGAUGGUUAGCUCCUAACCUCAUCACCUUCACUGGUUUCAUGUUCCUGGUCUUCAACUUCCUCAUGCUGUCCUUCUACGACUACCACUUUGAUGCAUCCGCUGAAGGAUACACUCAUGUGCCAAGCUGGGUUUGGGUCACUGCAGGACUUUUCAACUUCCUGGCGUAUACACUGGACGGUGUGGAUGGUAAGCAGGCGAGGCGUACUAACUCCUCCACACCACUGGGGGAGCUGUUUGACCAUGGCCUGGACAGCUGGGCCUGUGUGUUCUUCGUGGCCACCGUCUACUCCAUAUUUGGGCGUGGCCCAAGCGGUGUGGGUGUGGCCACGUUGUACUACAUCCUGUGGGUGGUCCUUUUCUCAUUCAUCCUGUCUCACUGGGAGAAAUACAACACAGGAAUCCUCUUCCUGCCCUGGGGAUAUGACAUCAGCCAAGUGACCAUCUCUAUAGUGUACAUCUUCACAGCGAUGGUUGGCGUGGAGACGUGGUAUGAACCAAUCUGGUGGAACUUCCACUACCGAGACCUCUUCACUUUCAUGAUCCUCGGUUGUUCGUUCACUGUGACCCUUCCCAUGAGCCUCUACAACGUCUUCAAGGCGUCUCGUAAUAACACUCUGAAACACAGCAGUAUCUACGAGGCCUUCCUCCCCUUCCUCUCUCCUGUCCUCCUCUGCCUCCUCUCCUCUGUCUGGGUGAUUUUCUCUCCAUCCGGCAUCCUCCAGCAGCAGCCCAGAGUCUUCUACCUCAUGGUGGGGACAGCCUUCGCUAAUGUCACAUGUAAGCUGAUCGUGUGCCAGAUGAGUAACACCCGUUGCCAACCGCUGAGCUGGCUGUUGGUUCCCAUGGCGACGGUGGUGUUGUUGGCGGUUACAGGGCUGGUUGCUAAUGAGACGCUGUUGAUCUACGUGUGGACGGCCAUCGUCAUACUCACACACAUACACUACGGAGUGUCAGUGGUGAACCAGCUCAGCGAUCACUUCAACAUCUUUGCCUUCUCUCUGAUGAAGCCCAGCACUGACUGACAGGACCAGGGGCGAAUCGGCUUGCAGGGAGCAGAGGUUUAGACCCUCCCACCUCCCUCUGCAGCCAACCGACACUUCACUCUCAUUACCAUGGAAACACACCACUCCCCCCACGAGGAUUCUACCACCCAUCUGAUCUCUGACCCUCCGCCCUGGCACACACACACACCCCCCUUCCCGCGCAGUGUCAGUUUGGGGGCGGCCCUCAGAACUUUGGGGGCGGCAUCCCAGGGCUCUUGGUUCCUUGGCUGCUGAUAGGUUGAGCUGAUGAGCCAAUGAGAUGUUGUUUCCUACGGAAAUAUUCUUCAGCCGGGAGGACAGGAGCCCAGACCACACACACACUGCUUACACCCAAACACAUCGCUUACAGACAUACUUAGACACAGUUACACAAAUGCCACAGUUGUUACUUUACUGUUAAACGGUUUAAACACACACACACACUUAUGAAUGUUCAGUAUGUUAUUGCCUUUGGGAAAUGUCAUUUCAGUUAGUUAGUUUGACAGACAGGUCUGACCCACCCCUGACCUCUAGUUUGACAGACAGGUCUGACCCACCCCUGACAUCUAGUUUGACAGACAGGUCUGACCCACCCCGUCAGUUGGUGUGUAAUGGUUCUAUCAAGGGUAUGAAGGCGGAGUCUCAGCUGUGUCUUCUGAUUGGAGUGUUGAGGGGAAGUGAAACUGUCUGUCUUUAUAUGGCAACAUGAUUAUUAAAAUGGGGUUUUGUUUUUUUAAUUUAGAGAAAGAACUGAACAAAGAGAAUAUUAUUAUGAUCUAAAAAUACUUCGCUAAUUCAGCUGAGGUGUGUGUGAAACAUGCUUUCACACACGUGCGCACUACACACAUGCUUGGUGAUGACAGUUGGUAGUCUGAUUUAACUGUGAGGACAGUUCUGACCAAUCAGGGCCCUUUGGGGGGCGAGACAGAGGGUGGAAACACCCAAUCAUGGACCUCGCUCAGCGCUGACCCCAGGAUGACCCCUGAACUGUAGUGACCUCUGUAGUCUGAACUCUGACCUCCAGAAUCCUCCCACACCUGAGGUGUCGUCGUGGCAACAGGCCGAUUCGUGCUCGAGUUCUUUUUUUUGGAAUUAUUUUUCAUUUGAUUUCCUCUCUGUUAAUCUCUCAUAGCUGGGGUGUGUGUGUGUGUGCGUGUGUGUUGGUAGCAGCAGCGCUUGAAUGAAGAGUGUGUCUGAAAACCGCCAGCGGAGCGACUCACUCUGAGGGAACAGGCUGCCAUGACCACAACCCCAUGAGAUAUACCUGUCACUGUCUGUACUGUCACACCUGUAUUACUGUAACACCUGGUAUACACCUGUAACACUGUCUGUCUGUUCCUUCUGUUGGACCAACGUCUGUCUGUUUGCCCCGUUAUAUUGACCGGAUAAUCUAGUGGCUGCAAUGAAAAGAAAUGUCUUUCAAAAAAGGCAGUCGGGAGGAGAGGGCAGACAUGGGUGUAAAGAACAGUCACAACGGAUACCACAGCCACAAAGUCAAAAUUUGGUAUAUUGUUUUUCGAUUUUUAGUUUAAAGUUAAGGUUAGGCCUAAGGUUAGGUUUAAAAUCACAUUUUAA